AAUUAUAGAGAGAGAGAAAGAGAGCGACAGACAAAAAAAAAAAAAAGAAGGAAAAAUCUGUCGAAGAAGUAAAAAAGGAAGUAGAAAUGGAGAAGAAGAUGCCGAGAAGACUGGAAGGCAAGGUAGCGAUUGUGACGGCUUCGACGCAAGGGAUUGGCUUCGGUAUCAUUGAGCGUCUCGGCCUCGAAGGCGCUUCCGUCGUCGUUUCUUCCCGCAAGCAGGAAAAUGUUGAGGAGGCAGUAGAAAAACUCAAAUCCAAAGGAAUUGAUGCAUAUGGAAUCGUCUGUCAUGUUUCCAAUGCUCAACAUCGCCGGAAUCUUGUCGAAAAGACUGUCCAGAAAUAUGGGAAGAUAGAUAUCGUUAUCUGUAACGCCGCUGCUAAUCCAUCUACAGACCCAAUCUUGUCGAGCAAAGAAGCUGUUCUUGACAAGCUUUGGGAAAUCAAUGUCAAAUCAUCUAUACUUCUCCUUCAGGAUAUCGCUCCUCAUCUAGAGAAGGGCUCUUCGGUUAUCUUCAUAACUUCCAUUGCUGGAUUUCAACCACAAGGAUCAAUGGCUAUGUAUGGAGUCACUAAGACUGCUCUUCUCGGACUAACCAAGGCACUUGCUGCCGAGAUGAGUCCAGACACACGUGUAAACGCGGUUGCUCCCGGUUUUGUGCCAACACACUUUGCUUCUUUCAUCACCGGAAACUCCCAAGUGAGGGAAAGCAUCGAAGAGAAGACUCUGCUUAACAGGUUGGGAACAACCGGAGACAUGGCUGCCGCGGCGGCUUUCUUGGCAUCAGAUGAUUCUUCUUACAUCACCGGAGAAACUUUGGUCGUCGCUGGAGGUAUGCCCUCAAGGCUCUAAACCAAAUUCCCACCAAGAAAUAGCUCAAGUGAAACACAAUGAAGGGAGAAAAAGAAGUAAGUGUAGAUCCUUUUUUUUUCAAGUUUUCAAUGAAAUAAGAUUUUCAGAAAAAGAAGAAAAAACUAUUGUAGUAUAGUAAUAAAGUCAAGUCUUGUAAAAGUUAAGUUUUUAACUAGAGAAACUAGUUUCGUACACUGUCUGUCAAUUACAUCAUUUGUUUACGAUGAUUUACGCAUAUAUAAUAAGCAAAUUAUUGUAA